AUGAUGUUUGACACUUCGCAAUAUCCUUAUAACUGUUUUAACUAUGAUGGAGAAGGAUACCCCUCGUGUGGCACUGAUGAAGAGAAGAAAGUGUGUCGACCAGCUUACAGUUACAUUGCACUAAUAGCGAUGGCUAUACAGCAGAGCCCAGAGAACAAAGUUACCCUAUCAGGAAUCUACGAGUUCAUCAUGAAGAGCUUUCCUUAUUACAGAACCAACCAGAGGGCUUGGCAAAACUCAAUUCGUCAUAACCUCUCUCUAAACAGCUGCUUUAUAAAGGUGCCCCGUACGGAAGGUAACGAGAAAGGAAAAGGUAAUUACUGGACAUUCGCCACAGGCUGUGAGUCCAUGCUGGACCUCUUUGAAAAUGGCAACUUUCGUCGCCGCCGCCGCAGACGCAACUUAAAAAUGGGCCUGAAGGAGCCAGCCGAACCCUUUGUUGCCAUGGACACUCAUCAGGGCAUUGCAGUAAGACCCACGGAUUCAGAUUCUUUCUGCCCUGUGAACACUAGUCACAGACCGGCCCAAAACAAACCUGAGCCUGAGAUCAAAUUCAGCAUUGACUACAUUCUCUCCACGCCAGACCCUCUGCCCGGGUUCAGAGCCCCUAACAGUGGAGCUGGAGCUGUGAUCCAUCAUCUGGAGCCGCAACAUCUCAGUCUACACUUCUGGACCAUGUAA